UACAAGUAUUCCUGCUGCAGGUCGUCAGUGCGCUGUGCGUUCUUAUGGUGACUGGCCAUCCUUUGCCUGGAGACCCCGAGUCAGCCGUCGCCUCCCAGGAAUCAGCUGAAGUGAUUGCUGGUGCCGUAAAGCAACUUUCCGCUGAGAGUCCAGCCUCACAGGACGCGGUAGAAGCGGCAGUGGCACCAGUAGCAGCGGGAGGAGCUUCAGAUGCGGCAGCGGCAGCGGCUGUGGGAGACGCAAACGGUGCUCCCGGAGCUCCCAUCGUCGCGUCGGUCGGUGCAGGAGCUGCCAAUGCAGCGUUGCCUCCCGUCUCAGGUGUCUUGUCGGGACCAAGCUACGAGCACGAGUCACACCAGCAGGCUGCUGGGCAAGAGGCAUUCAGCGAGGCGGCGCAAGGAGCCCAGCAAGGCAGUCAGGCAGCCGAGGCCGGUGAUGCUUUCAAGAAGGUCGAAGGCUUCGAGAAUCAGGGUGGCUUCCGAAAGCAGGAGGGCUUCUCGGAGAAGAGCAGCAAUCGCUAUGGGUCAGGAUUCUUCCAGGGCAGCGAGGGUCAAAACGAGUUCAACCGCGGAGACCAGCACUCUUUUGGAGUCGCCGGUUACGGCUUUAACCAAGCAGCGGGCGUGGUCGGCAGCCCAACCUAUCAAGAGCUCGAUAAGAUCGGCUUCAUCCCGUGAUUAGGACAAGAACAACGAGGAGCCAAAAUUUGCCGUUAAUGCAGACCUCGCCUACGAAGCUUCUGUCAUUAGUAGGCUUAUGUUUGUUUGCUUUUUUUCAUUCUAAAGACAUCUUCAUACAUGUUCCCGCAGGACAAGAACAACGAGGAGCCAAAAUGUGCCGUUAAUGCAGACCUCGCCUACACCAUGCUCGGUCCUAAUUAAAUUCCUUUCUGAAUAAAAAAAUGUCUUCACAUUCUA